AUGUCUCAAAAAAUUGGCCAUACUGGCGUAGCAUUUGCUAGACUAUGGCAUCAUGUAGAUGUUGCUAAAGAAAAGAGGACUUUGGGUAGACUAGCCUCGUCAAUAGCCUUAACACUCAUGGGUAAGCACAAGCCAGUGUAUCAUCCAACACAAGACUGUGGAGACUAUGUGGUAGUUACAAAUUGUCAAUUUUUGAGAGUCACAGGUAAAAAAAUGGAGCAGAAGCACUACUGGUCGCAUUCAGGCAGACCUGGAAGUCUAAAAUUGACCUCAAUGAGGGCCUUGAUCGACAACAAAGGCCACGGCGAAAUUUUGAAAAAAGCUGUGAGUGGUAUGCUUCCCAAAAAUAAGCUCAGAAAGCUCAGAUUGGAACGUUUAAAAGUCUUUGAUGCUAGCGAAAAUCCGUAUAAGAGUAACAUAGUUGCUUAUGCCGAUCAACAGCCGCUUGUACAGAGGAUACAGGAGAAGCAACAGUCCUCUUGA